AUGGUGCAGAUCGACAGAAUCCUGAUAGUAUGCACGUCGACGGGAAUUUUGGGAGACACCGAUCAGCAAACGGGAGUGUGGGCCGAGGAGCUCGCUGUGCCGUACUAUCUCUUACUCAAGAAAGGCUACCUUGUGGACAUCGUUUCCAUCGGCGGUAACAAAGUUCCCAUUGAACCCCUGAGCGUGGCUCCUCCAUACAACAGAAAUGCAGCCAUCAGGCGUUUCCUCGAGGACGUGGAGCUGCAGACGAAACUCAAGAACACCACGUCUAUUGCCUACGUCGACCCAGCGCCCUAUGUUGCAGUCUUCAUCCCUGGCGGCCACGGCAUUGCGUGGGAUGGCCCAUUCAGCAAGGAGCUGAUGCGCGUUGUGGAGAGCGCCUAUGCCGGCGGCAAGGUCAUUGGCGCUGUCUGCCACGGCCCGGCAGGCCUCAUUGGCGCCAAAGUCACUGACCCCGGCGACCCUCUUUACGGCCAGUCCAUCCUCACCGACAAGCAGGUGACGGGGCUGAGCAACAGCGAGGAGGAGUCAACCGGCCGCGCCGCUCUUGUGCCCUUCCUGCUGGAGGACAAGCUAAAGGAGGUGGGUGCAGUGUACGUGCGCGGGGUGAGGGACCUCGGCCCGUACGCCAUCAGAGCCGGCCAGAUCAUCACAGGUCAGAAUCCGGCGAGCUCGAAGAGGACUGCGGAGCUGGUGAUUGAGGCGCUGUCCUUUGGCGUCCGGCUGACCCCAUGAGUUCUUUCCUCAAGCUUUGCAGCCACAGCAUGUCUAGCCCUCUGUAUUAAGCCCUCUCAAAGGGAGGCAAUAAGCAAAGGAACAGUGGGUAGAAACCGCAGGGCAUGCAUGGGUAUCAUAUGUGGCUGUACACCGCAGGAGGCAAUAGCUCCAUGUCAACUCUCAAAGGGGAGACUGAGUACUUUCUCAGUCCUGCAAGAACCCUGGCAAUAUGGGCAUCCUGCUAUGGGUAUGUACAGUGUGUUUCGCACAGAAUCUGAAAGUUUCUUGAGUUGAAGCUUGCCACUACCUCUUGUGACCAAGCAGAGCAUGGCAACCACCUUCUAGGAAGGUCUGUCUGACACAUGCUCUAUGUGCAGCCAAAGCUGCCAGUCAGGUCUCAGGACAGCAUGACUGCCCCUUUCAUUCGCUAAUUGCACCAUGAUGUGCUUUCUUGCCUGUUCCAGCAUGUUUCCCGCGUCAAAGGCACUGAAUGGCAAAAGCUCUUUCUGCAAAUAUUCCAUUCUCAAAGCUGGCAUUCGUC